CUCCACCCAGUUUAUUUCACCUCAUUGUUACCCUUACUUUGUCAACCUUUAUGAUUUUAUACUAAACCUACCAAUUCUGUAGCAUUUUAUUACAAUUUACAAUUUAGCCCCUUUAUUUUAUCAUUAGACAUUAUCGGUCAGCCCUCAUAUCCAGUGCCUCAUUUUUUAACGUGUCUUUACAUGUAUUUUGUGGUUAUCGCAUUUUCUCACCCCAAGGACACUUGUAUUCUGUUAACUAUAAAACUACACUAUAUCACCUAAUUGUUCAUUCACACUUCAUCACAUUUUUCUGACUAAACACCCUAUACACAUUUAAUUGACUAUGCUAACUAAUGGACUAUCACCUCAACUUACACAUGCACCCCAAUACAGUUUCUGAUAUUAUUUUCAUUUGCCUUUACUGGCUAUAUGUACUCUAUUAUUCAUGGAUUUAUAACUGUAGAGCCUGAAGAAGAAGUUAUCGAAAACAAUUGUUCGCUCAAAAUCUUGUUUUGAUUUCAAUAUGGGGAUUUUUCAUUUACUGAAAUCUUGUGAGCAUCCCGUUGCACUGAAGGCACUCAACGAGUAUCUGAAGUAUAGUGCAAAGCUCGCUGAAGCGAAAACUAAUGUGGAUUUUAUCCGAAACUGUAUUGAGAAUAACCAAUAUCCUAAAUCAUUCUCUAAAUCUCUUCGUCGAUGUAAAGUGCGCCCAAACACGAAAUCUCUCAAGCGAUUCGCUCUUAAUCAGAUUGAAUCUCUCCAAGGACAUAUUAGCACAUUAGAAAGAAAUAUUCCACAGAGACAGUAUGCUGUCGAUGAACUCCCCACACAUUUAAAGGAAUUAUUCUUAAAAUACGUCCACGAUGUUUCUAAAACUAGAGAAACUAAAAAAAGAAUCCAGCUUACAAAAGGAUUAGAUACGGAAAUACCAGAAUCUCACUUUCCCAAGGACCCUGAAAGGUUACACAGCCCAUUUGUCUGGAAAUGUAUGUGAAUAAUGAAUUCAUUUAUGCAAACCAUGGCAAAAUAAAAAAAUUUUUGUCUUGCUGGUGAAAUUAUACUUUAGAUAUCUAGCAAGAGCGAACUCAUGAAAGACCGUGGAACACUGAGUCACAGCAGGGCAGUGAAACUAACUUAAUUCCACACC